UUUUUUAACUACGACAAGUCAUAUUUCUCCAUGCAAAAUUGCUCGCGAAAGAGAUCUACCAUCUAUGAUCAAAAAACCUGGGAAUCUAAUCUACAAUCUAUUGCGCAUGCAAGGUAUAAGUAUCAUAAUUUGAAUCGUUUUCUGCGCAUCUGCCGAUUCCUACACGAAUCUAUAUAACAUAUAAUUCUACAACAUCGUUGAAAUAACUGUUAUUCCAUGCUAAAUUCGAUAUUAUAUAUUUUAUAAACGCACGCGCAAUGUAGAGAAUGCAGUUUCAUCGUGCAGACAUACAGUAAUGCUCACCAACUCUCAAUCAUCGGGAAGAAAUAAUGGAAACGAAGGAAAAAGAUUUGAAGCAAGCGUUCUACGCGCAACCGUUCUUGAAAAUAAUCGGUGCUUGGCCAAUUCUUAUCGAAUCUUCUUUGAGCUCGAAGAUACAAAAAUGGUUUAUAAUAUCUUUCUCCAUUUCCUUGCAAAUGUGUAUCGUUGUUCCGUGCAUUUUGGUCAUGUUCCUGAAAGAGAAGAACGGAAGAAGAAAAAUAAAUCUGUUCAUGCUGCUCACUAAUAUUCUGAAUCAAGUAUUCAAGUACGUGAUCACGUUGAACAGAGCGAACGAGUUGAGGAUAGCUAUACACGAAAUAAAAAAAGAUUGGUUGACCGCCACGCCCGAAGAUCGAUUUAUCUUUGUCACGAAUUCGAGGAUCGGCCAACGAAUAAUGCUGAUAAUAGCUGUGAUCACGUAUAGCAGCGGUCUCGGUUAUCGAAUGGUUCUUCCACUUUUGAAGGGGAAAAUUGUCCUGGCGAAUAACGUUACCAUAAGACUGCUCCCCUGUCCAACUUACUUUACCUUUUUUAACGAAUUAGUUAGCCCAUACUACGAGAUGAUUUUUAUGCUGCAAAUUCUGGCUGGAGUUUUCGUUUAUACAGUUCUCAGUGGCACUAUCGGAAUUUCCUUGAUGCUUUCUCUCCAUAUGUGCAGUCUUUUGAAGAUUUUAAGAAGAAAAAUGAUCGAUCUCGCGGAUGGAUCGAUUACCAGCGAGAAUACCAUGCAGAAGAGAAUUGUGGACAUAGUGGAAUAUCAAACGAAGAUCAAAAGAUUUUUGGGUAAUACAGAACUGAUCACGCAAUAUUUUUGUUUUUACGAAAUCAGCUGUAACACUUGUCUUAUAUGUUUCAUAGGAUAUUGCAUUAUUCUGGAAUGGGAAAACAGUAAUGUCGUUGCUAUAGUGGUGCAUUUUAUGCUAUUAGGGACUUGUAUUUUAGUUACAUACAUAGUUUGUUACAUUGGUCAACUACUCAUCGACGAAGUAGUACAAACUGCAUUAUUGCAGUCGCGUGUUAUUAUUUACUUUAAUAUGAAUUUAUAUUUUCAGAGCAAUAAUUUAGCACGAACAUGCAUCACGUUAAACUGGUAUCAUUUUCCGACAAGAAAAGCCCGGUGUUUGAUAUUGAUAAUAAUUAUGUCUAAUUAUCCUGUAAAAUUGACAGCGGCCAAAGUGGUAGACGUAUCUUUAACCACCUUCACCGAUGUCAUGAAGGCGGCAAUGAGUUAUUUAAAUAUGUUACGAGAAGUUAUUUAGUAUUAUCACUUAAAUUUAUGAAAUGAAAUAAUAUGUUUCUAUAUAUAUAGAAAUAUUCUUGAUCACAACACUUAAAAAAAACGUAAAAACGUUUCCUCAAUCACACUUUUUUCACAUAUAUUCAAAUUAUUCUUGCAAAUUAAUUGAUUUUAUU